AUGCUGCCGAGGGCCGCGCUGCUCCUCUGGCUGCUGGCCGCCUGCCCGGGCGGCCGCGGGCCCGGCCGGGCGGCAGCGCAAGCCCCGCUCCCGGCCGCGGUGCCCGCGGGCAAGGCGGCGCAGGGAGGGCUCCGGGAGCACCGGAGCCAGCUGACCGGGGACAAGGACAGCCGGGAGCACGGCAAGCUGGGCAGGGACACGAUGAGCCUGAAGGAAAGCACGCAGGAUGGGGUCAGCCACACGGGGGGCCUCCUGCAGAAGCUGUCGCCGCUGCGGCCGCACGAGGACUCGGCCGGCCUGCGCAAGGCCAUCCGCAGGGAGCUGGACGGCCUGCGCCUCAAGCUGGCCCCGUACGUGGACGAGGCGCAGCAGCAGGUCGGGAAGCAGCUGGAGGAGCUGCGGCAGCGGCUGCGGCCGCUGGCCGAGGAGCUGCUGGAGGAGGUGUCGCUGAGGGCCCGCGAGCUGCGCCGCCGCCUGCUGCCCGACGGCGCCGAGGAGCUGCAGCGCUUCCUGGCUCGCUACGGCGACGAGAUCGCCCUGCACACCGAGCAGGCGAAGGACAUCUUCCAGCCCCACGCCCAGCGGCUGCUGAGCGAGAUCCGGCGCAACGUGCGGCAGCUGCACCGCGGCGUGGCCCCGCACGCCCGCGCCGGCCCCGAGCAGCUCGGCCGCCACAUCCAGGAGCUGUCGGCCGAGCUGACCCGCGGCGCGCGGGACCUGCACCGGCGGAUCCAGCGGAACCUGGAGCAGCUGCAGGCCAAGCUGAGCCCGCGGCCCGGCGGGCUCGGGGGCCGCUCCCGGGAGGCGCUGGCGCGGGAGGUGCAGCGGCGCGUGGAGGAGUUCCGGCGGGACACGUACGCGCAGAUCCAGGCCUUCGCCCGCGUGCUCGACCGGGAGACCGAGGAGAUGCGGCUGAAGCUCAGCGCCCGCCCGGAGCCGCCCGAGGAGCCGCUGGACGCGGCGCCAUCCCUGGAGGAUCUGCGCGCCCGGCUGGACGCGCUGUGGAGGGACCUGGCGCUGAGCCUGAGCGAGCGCGGCGGGGACGGUCCCGGGGGUCCCGGGGACGGUCCCGGAGGUCGCGGGGGUCACGGGGAGGACCCC